AUGUUCCGUCGUGUUUCAGCUGCUUCGGCGAGCUCUCUCGUCGCCGUCCGCGCCUUCUCCAGCACUAAUGUCUGCCUGGGCAAGCGCAUCAAGGUCAAGAAUGAGGUGGUAGACAUGGACGGCGACGAGAUGACGCGCAUUAUCUGGUCGCUCAUCAAGGAAAAGCUGAUCUUGCCCUACGUGGAUGUCCCGAUCAACUACUUCGACCUCAGCGUGACCCACCGUGACGCGACAAAUGACAAGGUCACCGUCGACGCCGCCGAGGCGAUCAUGAAGUGCAACGUCGGCAUCAAGUGCGCCACGAUCACCCCGGAUGAGUCUCGCGUGACGGAGUUCAACCUAAAGAAGAUGUGGAAGAGCCCGAAUGGCACCAUCCGCAACAUCCUCGGCGGGACGGUGUUCCGUGAGCCGAUCAUCGUCUCCAACAUCCCACGCAUCGUAAAGCACUGGAAGGAGCCAAUUGUGGUCGGCCGUCACGCCUUCGGCGAUCAGUACAAGGCGACGGACACCAUCUACAAGCCGGGUAAGCUGCAGCUUGUGCACACACCCGCUGACGGCAGCGCGCCAACGACGCUGGACGUCUACGACUUUAAGAGCGAGGGUGUGGGCAUGGCCAUGUACAACACGAAGAAGAGCAUCGAAGGCUUCGCGAAGAGCUGCUUUCAGUAUGCGCUGAUGCGCAAGUACCCGCUGGUGCUGACGACGAAGAACACCAUCCUGAAGAAGUACGACGGCGUGUUCCUGCAGACCUUCCAGCGCAUGUACGAGGAACAGUACAAGUCCGACUUCGAGAAGGCAGGCAUCACAUACAACCACCGGCUCAUCGAUGACCAAGUCGCGCAGAUGAUUAAGGGCGAGGGCGGCUUCGUGUGGGCGUGCAAGAACUAUGACGGUGACGUGCAGAGCGACAUCGUGGCACAGGGUUUCGGCUCGCUGGGCCUCAUGACAUCCGUGCUCAUGUGCCCGGAUGGCAAGACGAUCGAGGCAGAGGCCGCCCACGGCACGGUGACGCGUCACUACCGCCAGCAUCAGCAGGGUAAGGAGACGAGCACAAACUCCAUCGCCUCCAUCUACGCCUGGACGCGCGGCCUCGCCCAUCGUGGUAAGCUGGACGGCAACUGCGACCUUGUGAAGUUCUCGGAUAUGCUGGAGAAGGUCGUCAUCAAGACGGUCGAAGAUGGUCACAUGACGAAGGACUUGGCCCUCUGUGUUCACGGCUCCAGCGGCGUUAAGCGCGAGCAGUACGAGACGACCGAGGAGUUCCUCAAUAGCGUCGAUGCCGCUCUGAAGAAGGCGAUGUGCGCGUAA